AAAUAGAUCAAAGUAAUCAAACAACCCAAUUCAAAUUGGCAUUUCAAAAAUCCAUUCCCACCUGGCAAACCUGGCACGCGAACAACCCGCUCUCAUUCAAACACGGUCUUCACAUACUUCACUCUAUCCGAACAAAACCCUAGUGCUCUUUCUCUCUCUGUGUUCUUCUGAAGAGCUUUAGAGCUGACCGGAGCUCUGAGGAAUCAUGACGGCGGCGCCACUCCCGACAGGACGUGAGCUGUCGGAUCCUCCGAAUGACGGCAUAUCCAACCUUCGCUUCUCCAACCACAGCGAUCAGCUCCUCGUGUCUUCCUGGGAUAAGACUGUUCGAUUGUACGAUGCUAGCGCUAAUGCGCUGAGAGGAACGUUCGUUCACGGAGGCGCGGUGCUUGACUGUUGUUUCCAUGACGAUUCUUCAGGCUUCAGUGCCAGUACUGAUAAUACUGUUAGAAGGCUUGUAUUCAAUUAUGGAAGGGAUGAUAUUUUGGGGAAGCAUGAUGCACCUGUUCGCUGUGUUGAAUACUCAUACACUGGACAAGUGAUCACUGGUAGUUGGGAUAAAACCUUGAAGUGCUGGGAUCCUAGAGGUGCUAGUGGGCAGGAGCGCACUCUUGUUGGGACUUAUGCACAACCAGAGCGUGUUUACUCUCUGUCUCUUGUUGGCAACCGUUUAGUAGUGGCAACUGCUGGGAGGCAUGUUAAUGUAUAUGAUCUCAGAAAUAUGUCUCAACCUGAGCAACGGAGGGAGUCAUCGCUGAAAUACCAAACAAGAUGUGUGCGUUGUUAUCCUAAUGGAACGGGUUAUGCUCUUAGUUCUGUUGAAGGUCGCGUUGCCAUGGAAUUUUUUGAUCUGUCUGAGGCUGGUCAAUCCAAGAAAUAUGCAUUCAAAUGUCAUCGAAAAUCUGAAGCUGGAAGGGACGUAGUCUACCCUGUUAAUGCCAUUGCAUUUCACCCGAUCUAUGGUACAUUUGCUACUGGGGGUUGUGACGGUUAUGUUAAUGUUUGGGAUGGAAACAACAAAAAGAGGUUAUAUCAGUAUUCCAAAUACCCUGCAAGCGUUGCAGCCUUGUCAUUCAGCAGAGAUGGCAGACUGUUGGCUGUGGCCGCAAGUUAUACAUUUGAGGAGGGAGAUAAACCACAUGAACCAGAUGUCAUAUUUGUCCGAAGUGUGAAUGAAGUUGAAGUGAAGCCAAAGCCUAAAGUGUUGCCCAACGCUGCUACUUAGAGGAGAGUUGUAAUGGCUUGAUUUAUUGUAACUGUCAAUAUAAUUUUGUUAUAAAGUAGAAAAAUUUAUGAAAUGUAAGAUUGGCUGUUUAAAUAUGUACUUGAGGGCAUAAUGUACUUAAUGGCAGAUGAACUGAACUUGCUGCUUUGGUUGCUUGUUU